UGAUGAUCAGUGCCCAGCAGUGCCACCCAGCAGUGCUGUCCACCUGUGCCCAUCAGUGCCUAGUAGUGCCACCCACCAGUGCACAGCAGUGCCACCCACCAGUACCACCAGUGAGUGCCGUCAAUCAGUGCCCAUCAGUGCUGCCUAUCAGUGCCCAUCAUUGUUGCAUAUCAGUGCCACCUGUCAGUGUCCAUCAGUGCCAGCGGUCAGUGCUCAUCAGUGCCACGUGCCAAUGCCCAUCAGUGCCACAUAUCAGUGCAUACUAGUGCACAUCAAUGCCACAUAUCAGUACCCAUCUGAGCUGCCUUUCAGUGUCACCCAUCAGUGCCAAUCAGUGCCACCUAUCAGUGCCAGUCAGUGUCGCCUGUCAGUGCCGCCUGUCAGUGCCACCUAUCAGUGCCAGACAGUGCCAGUCAGUGCUGCCUAACAUUGCCAGUCAGUGCCGCCUAUCAGUGCCAUAUAUCAGUG